CGCGCCGCUGCGCCGAUGCCUUUCUCGGGCGAGGAGCGGAGCCUGCAGGGGAUCUACACGCCCGCGCCGCAGCAGCCGCCGGGCCGGGCGCCCGGGCGCGCCGAGGGCUACACCAACCACACCUUCGUCUACGACGAUGGCAGCUCCCGCAGGCUCUCGUCGCCCGGCGGCUGCGGCGGCGGGGACGGCGGCGGGAGCCGCAAGAGCGGGGUCAUUCUGGACAUCGCCGCCCUGAAGAUGACGGAGCUGGAGUCUGAGGUGCUGCCACUGCCGCCCCGAUACCGCUUCCGCGACUUGCUGCUGGGGGACCAGUCCUUCCAGAGCGACGACAGGGUGCAGGUGGAGUUCUACGUGAACGAGAACACCUUCAAGGAGCGCCUCAAGCUGUUCUUCAUCAAGAACCAGCGCUCCAGCCUCAGGAUCCGGCUGUUCAACUUCUCUCUGAAGCUGCUCACCUGCCUGCUGUACAUCGUCCGCGUGCUGCUCGACAACCCCGAGGAGGGCGUGGGCUGCUGGGAAUGCGAGAAGCAGAAUUACACGCUCUUCAACCAGUCCACCAACAUCAACUGGUCCCACAUCUUCUGGGUGGAUAGGAAAACGCCGCUGUGGGCCGUGCAGGUCAGCAUCGCUCUGAUCAGCUUCCUGGAGACCAUGCUGCUCAUCUAUCUCAGCUACAAGGGGAACAUCUGGGAACAGAUUUUUCGCAUUUCAUUCAUCCUUGAAAUGAUCAACACGGUGCCCUUUAUUAUCACGAUAUUCUGGCCUCCUUUAAGGAAUUUAUUCAUUCCCGUUUUCCUGAACUGCUGGCUUGCCAAGUACGCCCUGGAAAACAUGAUAAACGACCUGCACCGAGCCAUACAAAGGACCCAGUCUGCAAUGUUUAACCAAGUGCUCAUUCUCAUCUGCACGCUGCUGUGUCUCGUCUUCACGGGGACCUGCGGCAUCCAGCAUUUAGAAAGAGCAGGAGAGAAGCUCUCCCUUUUCAAGUCCUUCUAUUUCUGCAUCGUCACCUUUUCCACUGUGGGCUACGGAGACGUGACACCGAAGAUCUGGCCUUCCCAGCUCCUGGUCGUUAUAAUGAUCUGCGUCGCCCUUGUCGUGCUGCCCCUCCAGUUCGAGGAGCUCGUGUACCUGUGGAUGGAGCGGCAGAAAUCGGGGGGGAACUACAGCCGCCACCGUGCCCAGACGGAGAAGCACGUGGUGCUGUGUGUCAGCUCGCUCAAGAUCGAUCUCCUCAUGGACUUCCUCAACGAGUUCUACGCCCAUCCGCGCCUGCAGGAUUACUACGUGGUGAUACUUUGUCCAACAGAGAUGGAUAUCCAGGUGCGGCGGGUCCUUCAGAUUCCCCUGUGGUCGCAGCGAGUGAUCUACCUCCAGGGCUCGGCGCUGAAGGACCAGGACCUCAUGAGAGCCAAGAUGGACAACGGAGAAGCCUGUUUCAUCCUCAGCAGCCGAAACGAGGUGGACCGCACGGCCGCGGACCAUCAGACCAUCUUGAGAGCUUGGGCCGUGAAAGAUUUUGCUCCAAACUGUCCUCUCUACGUUCAGAUCCUGAAGCCGGAGAACAAGUUUCACGUCAAGUUUGCUGAUCACGUCGUCUGCGAGGAGGAGUGCAAAUACGCCAUGCUGGCCUUGAACUGCGUCUGCCCCGCCACCUCCACCCUCGUCACCUUGCUGGUGCACACCUCCCGCGGACAGGAGGGCCAGGAGUCCCCGGAGCAGUGGCAGAGGAUGUACGGGCGCUGCUCGGGCAACGAGGUCUACCACAUCCGCAUGGGCGACAGCAAGUUCUUCAUGGAGUACGAGGGCAAGAGCUUCACCUACGCCGCCUUCCACGCGCACAAGAAGUACGGCGUCUGCUUGAUCGGCAUCCGGCGGGAGGAGAACAAGAGCAUCCUGCUGAACCCGGGACCGCGGCACAUCAUGGCCGCGUCCGACACCUGCUUCUACAUCAACAUCACCAAGGAGGAGAACUCUGCCUUCAUCUUCAAGCAGGAGGAGAAGCAGAAGAAGAAGGGCUUUGCGGGCAGGGGUGCCUACGACGGCCCUUCGCGCCUGCCCGUGCACAGCAUCAUCGCGAGCAUGGGUACAGUAGCCAUGGACCUGCAAAACACUGAGUGUCGCCCCAUCAACAGCAGCAAGCUGACGCUGCCGGCCGAGAACGGCGCGGGCACCCGGCGGCCCAGCAUUGCCCCCGUCCUCGAGCUGGCGGAUACCUCCUCCCUGCUGCCCUGCGACCUGCUCAGCGACCAGUCGGAGGACGAGAUGACGCAGUCGGACGAGGAGGGCUCGGCGGUUGCGGAAUACGUGAAAGGCUACCCGCCAAACUCGCCGUACAUCGGGAGCUCGCCAACGCUGUGCCACCUUUUACCCGAGAAAGCGCCUUUCUGCUGCCUGCGGUUGGACAAGGGCUGCAAACACAACAGCUUUGAAGAUGCCAAGGCCUACGGGUUUAAGAACAAGCUGAUCAUAGUUUCAGCAGAGACUGCUGGGAAUGGACUGUAUAACUUCAUCGUCCCCCUCCGUGCAUACUAUCGGUCCCGCAAAGAGCUGAACCCGAUCGUAUUGCUUCUGGACAACAAGCCAGAGCAUCACUUUCUGGAAGCCAUCUGUUGUUUCCCGAUGGUUUACUACAUGGAAGGCACCAUCGACAACCUGGACAGCUUGCUGCAGUGUGGGAUCAUCUAUGCCGACAACCUGGUGGUGGUGGACAAAGAGAGCACCAUGAGCGCCGAAGAGGACUACAUGGCAGACGCAAAGACGAUUGUCAACGUCCAGACCAUGUUCAGGCUCUUCCCCAGCCUCAGCAUUAUCACGGAGCUGACCCACCCCUCCAACAUGAGGUUCAUGCAGUUCAGAGCAAAGGACAGUUACUCCUUGGCCCUUUCCAAGCUAGAAAAGAAAGAGCGUGAGAACGGCUCCAACCUGGCCUUCAUGUUCCGGCUGCCCUUCGCCGCCGGUAGGGUCUUCAGCAUCAGCAUGCUGGACACGCUGCUCUACCAGUCGUUCGUGAAGGACUACAUGAUCACCAUCACCAGGCUGCUGCUGGGCCUCGACACCACGCCGGGCUCGGGCUACCUCUGCGCGAUGAAAAUCACUGAGGACGACCUGUGGAUCCGGACGUACGGCCGCCUCUUCCAGAAGCUCUGCUCGUCCAGCGCCGAGAUCCCCAUCGGGAUCUACAGAACGGAGUCGCACAUGUUCGCAACCUCCGAGCCUCAUGACAUCAGAACGCAGUCACAGAUCUCCAUCAACGUGGAGGACUGCGAGGACACCAGGGACGUGAAGGAGCACUGGGGCAUCAAGACGGGCCACCACAGGAACUCGUGCUCCAGCGACCAGUCGGAGCACCCGCUGCUGCGGCGCAAGAGCAUGCAGUGGGCUCGCCGCCUGAGCCGGAAGGGCAACAAGCACGGCGGCAAGACGGCCGAGUGGAUCAGCCAGCAGCGCCUCAGCCUCUACCGCCGCUCCGAGCGGCAGGAGCUCUCCGAGCUCGUCAAGAACCGCAUGAAGCACCUGGGCUUGCCCACCACCGGCUACGAGGAUGUAGCAAAUUUAACAGCCAGUGAUGUGAUGAAUCGGGUAAACCUGGGAUAUUUGCAAGACGAGAUGAACGACCACCAGAACACGCUCUCCUACGUGCUCAUCAACCCGCCGCCCGACACGCGGCUGGAGCUCAACGACAUCGUGUACCUGAUCCGCUCGGACCCGCUGGCCCACGUGGCCAACGAGGGGCAGAGCCGCAAGGGCAGCGCCGGCGCCCGCCUCGGCCCCUGCAGCCCCGAGACGCGGGACGAGACGCAGCUCUGAGCCGCCGCUGCCCGGGUUGGGGGGGGGACGCUGCGCCGCGCCCCGAAAUGGGCUGUGGCUGCUCACCGGCAUCGCUGUCUGCGCCGGGGACUGCGGCCUGGCGCCUGCCGCGAAGCUACCGGUGCUUUGGAAAUGGUUUUUGCUCCUUCCCGGGGCUGCGGGUGCAGCUGGCCCUGAAAAGCGCCGGGCUGCACUGGGCGGCCCUGGAGAGCCGGGACCCCGCUCCACCGCCGGGGGUCCCGGUGCCAUGGAGGUCCUGGUGCCCCCGCGGAGGGUCCUGGUGCCAUGGAGGUCCUGGUGCCCCCGCGGAGGGUCCCGGUGCUGCUGGGGGUCCUGGUGCCGCUGCCGGGGGUCCCAGUGCUGCUGUGGGUCCCAGUGCCAUGGAGGGUCCUGGUGCCACCGCAAAAGGUCUUGGUGCCACCACGGAAGGUCUUGGUGCCACGGAGGGUCCUGGUGCCACCAGAGAUGGUCCUGGUGCCAUGGAGGCUCCCAGUGCAGCCGUGGGUCCCGGUGCCACCACGGAAGGUCUUGGUGCCGCCGGGGGUCCCAGUGCCACCGCUGCUGGCCGCCCCGCGGGACCGCAGGGAACUUUCUCCAGCGGAAACACCAGAUGUAUUUUUCAUCUAUUUUUGCACACUUGAAGACGUCGAUGUGUGAGCGGUUUAUUUGACUGCCAGGUGAAUAACCGAGCUGGUAACUUUAUAUACUUUUACAUUCAUAUAUUAAAACUUAAAUGUGAUUUUUUUUUUUUUUUUUUUUUUUUAACGAGAAGCCUGUGAAGCACAAGGGCACCGUGCCGCCCCGCCAGGCCCUGCCCGGCUGCCGGGCGAAUGGCUCAUUGCCACUAGCCGUGGCCAGCCCUUCGCCCGGACACACAAUAAAGUUGUUUACAAAAGAAACUGUUUAAAACCACAGCUUUAAGCCAUUGAUGGAGCUGAGUUUGCCCCCGAGGUCCCUGGCCGCCCCCGGCCGCCCAGGCAGCCGGUGCCGUCGGGGCUCCCGCCUCGGCUGCGUGGUCCCGGGCCGGUGCUGCGGCGCCCGGUGCAGGCGUUUGGGAGGAAAAAAUAGACAAAUGUAGCUGAGAGAGGAGAAGGCUUCUGUUGGCUCAGGAAUUGGGGUUUGGGCUUGUCUUUUUUCCUUUCCCCCUUUCCUUUUCCCCUUUCCCUUUUCCCUUUUCCCUUUUUCCUUUCCCUUUUCCCCCUUUCCCCUUUCCCUUUUCCUUUUUCCUCUUUUGUUCUUUUCCUUUUUCCCUUUCCUUCUCCCUUUUCCUUUUCCCUUCCCCUUUUCCCUUUUCCCUUUUCCUCUUUUGUUCUUUUCCUUUUCUCUUUCUCUCCUCCUUUUCCCUUCUCCCUUUCCCUUCUCCUUUCCCUUCCCCUUUUCCCUUCCCCUUCCCCUUUUCCCCUUUUGCUUUCCCUUCUCCCUUUCCCUUUCUUCCUCCUUGUCCUUUCUUUCCUUGUCCUUUCCCUUCCCCAUCUUUCUCACCGCACGCCCGGGGGCAGCUCCCGCCCCGCCAGGGCCGGUGGUGAGGAGCGAGGCCGAAGGCUGCGCCUGCAGAGCCGGUAAAAGA